AACCCUAGAACAGAGCUUCAAUCGACUGUUCUUGGUUGAUCGUCUAUAAUCAGUUGAAUCUUCGAGUAUAUCACAGAUUCUAUGUCGAAGACGCUGGUGCAGCCGGUAGGGCAGAAGAGGCUGACGAACGUAGCUGUCGUACGUUUGAAGAAACGUGGAAUUCGGUUUGAGAUCGCUUGCUACAAAAACAAGGUUCUCUCAUGGCGGUCCGGCGUAGAGAAGGACUUGGAUGAAGUGUUACAGUCACAAAUUGUUUACUCAAAUGUUUCGAAAGGAGUUCUUGCAAAAUCGAAAGAUUUGAUAGCUGUUUUUGGGACAGAUGAUCAAUCAAAAAUAUGUUUGGAGAUUUUGGAUAAAGGAGAACUGCAAGUUGCUGGGAAAGAAAGGGAAUCACAAUUGUCAAGUCAAUUUCGUGAUAUUGCAACUAUAGUUAUGCAGAAAACUAUCAAUCCCGAGACAAAUCGUCCCUAUACUAUCAGCAUGAUUGAACGUUUGAUGCACGAAAUUCAUUUUGCAGUCGACCCAAAUAGCAGCUCUAAGAAACAGGCUCUAGAAGUUAUUCGUGAACUUCAAAAAAAAUUCUCAAUUAAACGUUCGCCAAUGAGGUUGCGUUUGACUGUAGCCACACAACAUUUUCCGUCACUUGUUGAAAAGGUGAUUACUUGGACUGCCAACAUUGUGUCAAAAGAUGAAGCGGGAAGUCAACCAUCUAUGAUAUGUGAAAUUGAACCAGGGUUUUAUCGGGAAUGUGAUUCCUUUAUAAGGGAUUUGCAAGGCAGGCUAGAGAUUUUGGCAGUGUCUGUUCAUUUCGAAGGGGAUACACAAGUAGAAGACUACGAUGAACACGAGGAUACCAUAUCUUCGCUUCCACUGGAAACAACAGAACAACUAUCUGAGAAACUGCAAAAGCAGAGUGUAACCGAGACACCAACAGAAAGCAGCAGCAAAGUGGUUGUUGAUGAUGUUAAGCAGAAAAUCAAUUGUAGCACUUGUGAGGCCUUUGUGGGAGAUGGAAAGGAGUAUCGUGAACACUUUAAGAGCGAUUGGCACAAACAAAAUCUCAAGAGGAAGAUGAAACAACUCCCUCCCUUGACUUCCGAAGAAUGCUUAGCCAAUGUGGAUAUCGGGGACUCCAGGGCAGAUCUCAAAGACUACUCUUUUUGAGUACAACUGUUUCAAAUGUUUUAAAUUUUGGUAUUGAGACAUAUCUGCCUACUUUUUGCAUAAUUUUGUUUUCAAAAGUUUUCAUUAAUAGAACAAGUGUUUGCUACAAAACUGAAGACUUACAUUUACCUGGUGCUGCUAAGCAAUUGUUCUUCUUACAAUA